AGCUGUGCGCUUCGUCGAAUCUGGUGUCGAUUGCCGAGCACGGACCCACACAACGGGUUGAGAUCCGUGUCGAGGCCAGGGAUUGGACGAGCAUCUUACAAUAUCCAAACUCGGGCAUUUGUGUGGUUGUGACUACUCUUCUGCCUGCCCAGGCUGCACUGGCACAUCUCCAACUGGUGCUGCCUUCCGCUCACAUGCGAACCUUCAAUCUGACCCAUUUGUCUUUUCCCUCGAUCGGAGUGUUUUUGAGCCCAUUAUCGUGUAUCGAAUCGAGGGUAGCAGGAGUUCAAGUGUGCUCAGCGAUGGCGACUAGGGUGGCUGCAGGAUGCGCUGUGUCCUCCUUCGCUGCGAAAGUUUCCCCCAGCGCUUUUGAGGGGAAGAGAAGUGCAGUAUUCGGAACUAACCUGCCAUCAACCUUCUAUGUUGUGUCCAAGAAAGCCUCAUCCUCCGCCAAGACUGUCGUGACGAAAGCCCAGCUCAGCCCCACUGGUGGGAGCAAGAGGAGCCUGAUCUUUGCCUCCAAGCAAAGCCUGUCUUACCUUGAUGGCACCUUGCCCGGCGACUAUGGGUUUGAUCCGUUGGGCCUGAUGGACCCCGAGGGUGCCGGUGGCUUCAUCGACCCCCAGUGGCUCCCAUACGCCGAGAUCAUCAACGGGCGGUUCGCCAUGCUGGGAGCGGCCGGUGCCAUCGCACCUGAGGUGCUGGGGAGAAUCGGGCUGAUCCCGCAGGAGACCGCCAUCCCGUGGUUCCAGAGCGGCGUGAUCCCGCCCGUGGGCAACUACAGCUACUGGGCCGACCCGUACACGCUGUUCGUGCUGGAGAUGGCGUUGAUGGGAUUCGCGGAGCACCGACGCGCGCAGGACUACUACAAGCCCGGAUCGAUGGGCAAGCAGUACUUUUUGGGGCUGGAGAAGUUUUUGGGAGGAUCGGGCAACCCGGCGUACCCAGGAGGGCCCAUCUUCAACUUCUUGGGAUUCGGGAAGAACGAGAAGGAGUUGCAGGAGCUGAAGGUGAAGGAGGUCAAGAACGGGCGGUUGGCGAUGAUGGCGGUGUUGGGGUACUUCACCCAGGCCAUCUUCACAGGCGUGGGCCCGUUCCAGAACCUACUGGACCACUUGGCGGACCCCGUGCACAACAACGUGCUGACGAACCUGAAGAUCCACUAGAGUGUAGGCAGGAGCUACAGAACAGGAUAGAAUCCUUGUAACAUGGUUGCGUGUGGAGGAGUGAUCUGCUCCGGAAUCUGUCGAAAUUGUUGCCAAAGGCUUUGGAAUGUAAAUGAAUUUUGUUUUUCUUUCAAACUACUCGAUUAUUUACGGAUUGCGAAGA